GAGAGUGCAGCAACUCAGCUUUGCCAUAGCGGGCUUCACACACACACACACUCUCUCUCUCUCUCUUGCUCUCUCUCUCUCUCUCACACACACACACACACACACACACACACACACACGGGCACACUCUCACGUACACACUCGGUCUCCAUCAGCGCUGCUGCGAGACGAAAGUUUGACAGGGCAUUCUCUGCCAGUUCAGAACUAUACAAGGGAGCUACGACUGAGGUGACAGAGGUGGAUGGAAAAGAACUGAGUGAAGGCAGCAGUCCCUCUCAGAGUCAAGCCGAGUCCCUUUCCAAGGCUGUAACCAUGGAGACCAGUGAACAACUGGAAUCAGGAAAUGUAGCCGACUUUGAACAGGAACCUCAAGAGACUGAGUUACCUGAGAAUGAAAGCCCAAGCAACAUCGAUGAACAAGACUGCUAUGAAGAGUUCUUGGAGACAAUGGGAAGUAAGGUGGUGGUGGAUAUUUUAGCAGACCUGCCUCCUAGCAUGACGGACACGUCAGAAUUGGAUGACAUCCCUUGCCCGAAGGAGGCUCUGAUCUUAGAGGCUACACCUGAAGAGCUAAACCACCAUGAGUCAGUCACCUCCUCUCUGUCAGAUCCACCAUCAAGCGGAGAUAGUGUGUGUGAAAAUGACUCUGCCCCCAAAACACAAGAACCACUAGUGGAAGACCAGUCAGGAGAUGCCUUGCCAGAUGCUUUGGACACCGAGGAACCUGAAGAAGACUCAGAAGAUGCCAUGAAGGCCUUAAACCUCAUGCCAACAGAUGACGCAGUUGACAAUUUGACCUGUGAUGAGGUGGAGGAGUCAAUGCUAGAACAGUUCAUCCGAGAAGAGGCCUUAUCAGAGGUAUCUACAGAGUCCUGUCACGACCCAGAAGAAUUAGAUGAGUGUCUGCGUGUAGAGAUAGCUGUUGCAUCUUCAGAUAGUGAGGGUGACGACAAGUGGAGGACCAUAUUUUCAUCCUCCAUCAACAAAGAGGACGACGACUCGUAUUUGGACAGUCUGCAGUUGAGUGCACAGGAGCUCUUCAUCCAAAAGCCUUCAAUUGACGAUGAGGAAGAUGAUGACCCAAAGGAUGUUAACCAGGAGAGUGAGUCUGAGAUCCCACUCGGGGAUGAAAUUCUAGAGCAGCCUGAGACUGACUCCGAUUUUGAAAAGAGGGAGGUGGCCUAUACCACUCCAACGCUGUUCCAUGGGUUGUCAAAAAUCUCUGAAGAUGAUGAGGAAAAUGGAAAGGGGUCCAACAACAAACACGCUUCUCAACAUUCAGAAGGUGACAAGAAGAUGCCCAAAGACUACUGCGUGAUCCAGGAGAUGAAGAGUGAGAACGUCAGCACAGAGCAUGUGGACUUCCGGGUGGCUCGCAAACAAUGGCUGGAAAUGGAGGAACAGACUAAAAUGGCUAAGACGGCCACGGUCCAGUCACCCACCACCCCUAAACCAGGCCUCUGCCAAGGCAGCCACAGCUUCAUGUACACACCAGUCCGCAACAUCGACAGGCCCAGGAGAGAUCCUGACUUUGAGAAUCUGGCUCUUGGGGGAGACUAUCCACACACUCAGUUCAGCCCCUGCUCUGAAGACUCUGGCCUUGACGACUUGAGCUACAGAUCCCCUUAUGAUGACCCAGAGACCCCUGUUGAGAGAGAGAUCCGCUUGACCAUGGAAAGAGAGGAGAACUUCAGACGCGAAAGAGCCCUGUCCUCAUCCAGCUCAUGCGAUUUUGUGCAAGCCAAAGCCAGGCCGGUCGUCAUUCACCCCACCAAACUCUGCCAGGAGGUGGACGAGAAGAGGAAGAUGUUCGAGCAUCAAGACGACGGCUGCAACAUUCCAAGAUCACCUAGCAACCCAACACCGUCUUUUAUAAUCACUUCGUCGCCAGUCAAGGGUGCACAGAAACGAGAGUUUGCUGCGAACAAUGUCAUCAUCCUGGAGCCUGAUCCUUAUCCCUGCAGCCCAAAGCGUUAUGGAAAAGACUUGGGGGCUGCCCACCCAGGCAACUGGAACUCCAACGAGUCCUCCAAUGUGAUCAUCCUAGAGACAUCCAACCUGAUCAUCCGCAGCGCGUCCGAAUUCUGCCUCAACUCAGCUGUUGAGGAGAGCCAGGACAGCAUGUUCCUAAACAACCCCUUCUUCAAGCUACGCUCCCGAAGCACACAGUCCCUCAUCGACGAGGAGAUUAAGAUGGUCAAGCAGCGUGAGGAGGAGCUGAGGAGACAGCGGGCAAGCAUGUAUACUAAGGAGAAAUUCAACACAAUUGUGGUCUCCCCAAAUCUCCUAAACAGUGCAUUUGAUAAGUCAGAGGAUAUGCCUAUAAAAUGCAAGUCCUCCCCAUCUUCUCCCAUGAAGACAUACAAGAUGGAUCGCUCCAUAGUGUCCUGUGACAACAGGUUUCCAGAAAUGUACUUGGCUGGUCGCCGUAAAAGUGCCAUGGCUCUCCGAUGGGAAGCCGGAGAGUUUGCUAACAACCAAUAAAAGCGGAACGCCUGAUCAACAAAAUGGAUAUCGACUGACAACCACUUACUCUGUCUUACAUAACAGACUUUUUUUUUUUGCAGUGCUACAUGAGAAAAUUAAUCACAUUUGUUUCAUGUGACAUAACACUGGCCGCUGUCAGCUGCUUAUGUGAAAUUUCCAAUGCUCUGUGUGUGUCCUGCAGAUGCUAAGAAGGAAAAAAAGUGUAUGUAUGUACGCCAAGAUGCCUGAAUGUUAUCUGAAUGUAAUGUUUUAGUCAACUACUGCUUAUACACUAUUUUCAAAUUCAGAAAAGCAGACUGCUUAUUUUUAUUGUACUGUCAUAGUAGAAAGAGCUAUAUGUACUGUAUUUUCCUACUGUAUUUUCAUCAGAGACCAGAUUUGUAAUUUUCCAAGCACAAAGAUAUGAAGCCAAUGCAGUAUUAUUAUCACAUAAUUUGGAAAACUUAUGCAUACAAUUUUACAUGAAUCUCCUAUUGAGUGCUACUCAUGGGUUUGUAACAAUGGGCAAUGACUUUUACUUUUUUUUUUCUCCAAGUAUUAAAUUUAAAAAAAAGUAAUGAUGCAGCUGAAAGUAUAAUUAUCUCGAUACACAUUUGCGCCAAAAGCUAGAAGUAAACAAGUCAAAACAUUUUUAAAAAAAAAACAUUUAAGAGCAGCUAAUAGAAACUCUAUUGACCAUGACUUUUAAUUUAUUGUCUAAAAUAUAUACAUAUAUGUUUGUAUGCUUUUAUGUGGAGCCAUUAUGCUUACAACAUUCUCUGUUCUGCUUGCUAAUCUUUGAAUUUGUGUGAGCCAAUCACUUGUUGCAAAAAAUCUAAUUGCCUUCAAUAUGACAAAAAACAAAUGUUUGUAUUUACAAUGCAAGUGUUCCGAAAACAAUAGUGCAACAAUAAAUAUGUAUGGGCAAAAUGCGACAAUUA